AUGCCUGAGAGCAACAAUAUCCAGUUGGCCAAGACGUUGUGGGCCGUUGGCAGCACUUUAGGCCGCACAUUUCGAGUUUCGACGCGUAGCGCGACAGUUGCCAAGUCCCCGACACGGUACAGGUCUAUGAACGCACCCAAUACUUCCACCUCGAACGCCAAGUCAACGAAAAGUAUGGGCUUUAAGCACGCCAUGCUGCAGCGCAGCUACGAAUUGGCGGCGUCUCCUGGCCCCCAGUUGGCACCAGGUCCGGCUGCGAUCCCUCCGCAAGUUACGGACUUUAGCAUCAGUCGCAUUUUGGGCGGCACAGCCAAGGAUAAUCAUGCUAAGAAGUCUGUACAGCCGAGUACAGGCAACAUUUUGGAUCUGUCCAAGAGCACUGCACUUCCAGUUGUUGCCACUAGUCUGCCACCCGCCUCAGUGAAUCCAUCAUCUGUUUAUGCCGGCGGCAGUUACUCCAUGUUACCACCGGACUUUCUGGCCAUGGCCAAUGCCACCAAGUUCUAUGCCCAGUUCUUUCCACACCUGCUGCCCGCCUAUGCGGCUGCCGCAGCUGCCGCCGGCCUGACCACUCCGCCCACAUCGCCCUACCAGCAACCACAGCAGCAGAAGCGCUACUUUGCACCCUACGUGAUCAAUGGACAGAGUCCCUCGCGUCCCAAAUCAAGUGCUCCGCCCGCUGCUUGCACCCGGGCCGAUUGCUUCGAGUGUCUCGACUAUUACAAACAGUUCGGAGCGGGCUACAAGCCAACGCCUCUGAUAUCGCCGGCGGCCUCUUCGGUGAGCAGUUCGAGUAGCUCCAGACCUGGCCGGGAUCUGGUCUUAAGUGCUACCAAUAGCACCACGAGCAUAUCUCUCACCUCUGUUACCAACCUAAACCUGAGCACGGCGACUUCAACAACAUCUGCAGCAUCUACAGUUGGAAUAUUUCCCAAGCUGGGAUCAAGCAUCAACAACUCAAACAACGCCGAGGAGAUCAGCUACAAGUGUCGUAUAUGCGACAAGGUCUUUGGAUGCUCCGAAACUUUGCAGGCACAUGAGAAGACACACAAAUCUCCACGUUACGAGUGCGCGGACUGUGGCAAGGGAUUCUCUCAGUUGCGCAACUAUAAAUAUCAUUUGUCAGUACAUCGCGGCACGAAGGAGUUUGCCGCCGAGUGUCCGGAAUGUGGCAAGACCUUCAAUGACAAAGGCUACCUCAGCAGCCACAUGAAGAUUCAUCGCAAUCGCAAGGAAUAUGAGUGCCCCUACUGUCCCAAGUCCUUCAAUCAGCGAGUCGCCUUCAACAUGCACGUGCGCAUUCACACGGGCGUUAAGCCGCACAAAUGCGUCGAGUGCGGCAAGAGAUUCUCCCGGAAGAUGCUGCUGAAGCAGCACAUGCGCACUCACAGCGGCGAGAAGCCGUAUCAAUGUUCGGUUUGUGGCAAAUCAUUCGCGGAUCGUAGCAACAUGACGCUCCAUCAUCGCCUGCACUCGGGCAUCAAGCCGUUCAGCUGCCCCUUGUGCCCCAAGGCCUUCACUAAGAAACACCACCUGAAGACACAUCUCAAUUAUCACACCGGCUGCAAGCCAUAUGUCUGUCCACAUCCCAAUUGCAAUCAGGCCUUCACACAGUCUAGUAAUAUGCGUACUCAUGCCAAGAAAUGUCAAUACCGACCGCUUGAUGGCGCUCAGGCAUUUCCUAUGCCCACCAAGCAACAACAGCAACAA